AUGUCGCUCGCGGAGGAACUUAUGGCCGAUUUCGAAGAAGAUGAAGCGGACGAACUGGAACAAGCUAUGGAGGCUAUAAAGGGUGAAGACGACAUUGAAGAGGCAACUGAAGUCGCAGCUGGGAAAAGCGACUAUAAUUCUGUGUAUGAUGUGGCCAAGAUAACAUUAACGGACGAGUAUCGCGAAUUAAUGGCAUCUCUUCAUGCUGAACUAGAAAGAACGGACGAAGUUCGCGUAACUGCUCCCCUUGAAGCUGAUCCGCAGUACAAAUUGAUUGUGAAACUCUCACAUGUUAGUAUUAUCUUUCCUUUUUACUGA